AACUGUAAAGACAUAAUUAAAAGGCAAUUCUUGAAGGCUGACAAUGCGAGACCAAACCCUGAAUUAGAAGCUAAUACCAUGAAACCAAAACCUGAACCAAUAAAAUACUUGGAUUACAUGUACAUGAGCAAGUUUAUUAACACGCAGCAAAUCAUGAAUGCAUUAUCAAAAUUUGCUAGAAAUCUGAUAAAUAGCGGAAAUGAUUUUGAUAUCAUUAAAUUUUUAAUAAAGUCUUCCUUAGCGAGACCAACAAAGGAAGUUAGUGAAU